CUGAGGGAACAUUAAAUUUUAGAUCUGAGUUGCGAAUAAUUAGUCAAUUUCUAGACAGUCUCUAUGUAUCCAAUUUUCUUCCCAUAUGUAGUUCUAAAGACUAAGUUAAUUCGUAACUGUUAGUUGAUAGAAGGGGACAGGUUUUCGUGGAAUUUGUUAAGGCGUGACUAAGCUGAUCUGGACGUCACGGUUAUUUUAAAAAAGCAGUGUAGAAGUUUUUCUUAUUAAAUUACAGAUCUGAAUUUGAACUAAUUAGUUAAUUUCUCUAUGUUUUCAUGGUUGUUUAGCUUGAUAAAUUAGAAAAUUUAGAAUGAUAAAUCAAUUUCUCUUAGUUUUUGCAUUGUUCUUAGAUUGUUGUGUAAACGGCUUCCAUUGCUGCAGGAGCAUCUGUGGUGGUCUGUUACCAUGGGUGAACCAGGAAAACAUAGAAUCUUAAUGGUCUCAGAUUUUUUCUACCCCAAUUUUGGUGGUGUGGAGAAUCAUAUAUACUAUCUAUCACAAUGCUUGAUUAAGGAAGGACACAAGGUGGUAGUUAUGACUCAUGCUUAUCAGAAUCGAUCUGGAGUAAGAUAUAUGACUAAUGGCCUGAAAGUUUAUUAUGUCCCAUGGAAACCGUUUCUCAUGCAAAACACAUUGCCAACCUUUUUUGGAACACUUUCAAUUACAAGGACAAUUCUGAUUAGGGAAAAGAUAUCACUGGUACAUGGACAUCAAGCCUUCUCAACCUUAUGUCAUGAAGCUCUAAUGCAUGCUCGGACCAUGGGUUACAAAGUUGUAUUCACGGAUCAUUCUCUCUAUGGGUUUUCGGAUGUUGGAAGUAUUCACAUGAAUAAGGUGCUACAAUUUACUCUAGCCGAUGUAACUCAGGCUAUAUGUGUUUCUCACACAAGCAAAGAGAAUACAGUUUUAAGGUCUGGUCUGCCGCCUGAAAAGGUUUAUGUUAUUCCAAAUGCUGUGGACACGGCCAUGUUUACGCCUGCUCCAGAGCGUCUCAGCAGGGAUGAAAUUGUAAUUGUUGUGCUAAGUAGGUUAGUUUAUCGUAAAGGAGCAGAUUUGCUCGUCGAAGUGAUCCCUGAAGUAUGCAAACGGCAUCCCAAUGUUCGCUUCAUUGUUGGAGGAGAUGGACCCAAACGAGUGCGUCUGGAAGAAAUGAGGGAGAAACACUCUCUUCAAGACCGAGUUGACAUGUUGGGGGCUGUCCCUCAUGCUAAAGUGCGGUCUGUACUUAUAACUGGCCAUAUAUUUUUGAACAGGUGUGAAACCUUCAAGUGUUACUGCGUACAACCUACAACUUACAACAACAACAACAACAACAACAACAAACCCAGUAUAUUCCCACAUAGUGAGGUCUGGGGAGGUUCUUUAACAGAAGCAUUUUGCAUAGCUAUAUUGGAAGCUGCAAGUUGUGGAUUAUUAACAGUCAGUACACGUGUAGGAGGUGUUCCAGAGGUUCUUCCAGAUGAUAUGGUGGUUUUGGCUGCGCCAGAUCCUACUACUAUGGUUCACGCGAUCACAAGGGCCAUAUAUAUGCUUCCUAAAAUAGAUCCACAAGAUAUGCACAACCGUAUGAAAAAACUUUAUAGUUGGCCUGAUGUAGCCAGGAGGACAGAAAUUGUUUACAACCGUGCUUUGAAAUGCUCCAAUCCACCUUUGCUAGAUCGAUUGUCAAGGUACCUUACUUGUGGCACUUGGGCCGGGAAAAUAUUUUGCCUAGUUAUGAUAGUAAAUUUUUUGCUCUGGCGGCUCUUGCAACUAUGGAAGCCUGACAAGGACAUUGAAGUGGUACCCGAUAUUCAACUUCCAAAGUCGCAACAUGAGGAGACACCAUUUGGUUCCAGGCCAGAAAAAAGCUUAUGAUUCCGGUGCUUUACCCAUCGGUGCAGUUCAGGGUCAUUUACUAUUCAAACACAAUGUAGAAUUAGGAUUUAGUGUGACACACAACAGCAGGUUGCGUAGGAGAAAGUGGAUAAAUGGUUUUGAUCUGGGGUUUGAUUGCACCAAGAAGGAUUUUUGGAGAUUUACGUACCCAUGGUAUGGUCAGUUGGUUCUUAUUUGAUGCAGUAGCACGUGUUCUUGCAUCGUAUCAGCCAACGCUUUCCCUAACCAAGAACAGAUAAAACUCAUUAACAUGCCAUUGUUAAUAGGAGCCACUGGGAUGAUGCCUCCAGCCACGGCUGUGAACUAUACCAGCCUGUAUUAUUGUAGGCUUCUUGGUAGAGGUAGCGUUGUUCAUCAAUAUAUGCCAGUUUUAUGGCAGCGCCAUAUCUAUGGUUUUUCUGUUGCAUCUGUGCUGGUUUGGCAUUUAUAGGAGCUGUGAACCAUACAACCUGGAUCAUUGUAGGCUUCUUUUCAGGCAGUAUGUUUAUCGACAUAGGCCAGUUUUGUGGCAGCGCCUUAUCAAUGUUGUUUUUUUCUGUUGCACUUGUGCUUGGUUUGACAUUUAUAGGAGUUCUUGUGUAUAUAUGUUUGGGCUUGGAGAACACAGGGUUGCCCAGUUUCUUGCAUUGUGUUGUGAAGAAGAACUAAAAAUUCGGUUGUACCAA